UAGUACGUAUUUAACGCUGCGCCUCGCCUAGCUUUGCUUCUCUCCAUAGCCAUCUCAUGCAUGCUUUGGAUCUGGCCUGGGAACUCAUUCAUUGAGCUCUCUUAAUUUUUAAUCUUCAAUAUUCGUUAAAAAAUCGUUUUCUGAAGAAAAACAACAUUUUCUAUUUGAGAACUUCUCUGAAAUUAUGACAUCUUCGGUAGUCAUGGCUGACAAGAUUUUUGCUUCUGGUGAGGACUGUAAAUCGAGCUGGAAUGAUGCGAUGGCAAAUUUCAACCAAGCAGACACGCACCUGGAAAUAAUGGGGAAGCCAGUUAUGGAAAGAUGGGAAACUCCCUACAUGCACGAGCUAGCUAAAGUUGCUUCGUCUAAAGGCGGUUGUGUCCUAGAAAUCGGUUUUGGCCUGGCCAUUGCAGCAACCAAGAUUCAGGAGGCGCCCAUUACGGAGCACGUGAUCAUCGAAUGUAAUGACGGUGUGUUCGAUCGCUUAGAGGAAUGGCGGAAAACCCAACCCCAUACCGUCACACCACUCAAAGGAAUGUGGGAAGACGUCGUGCCUACGCUACCGGAUAACAAAUUUGAUGGUAUUCUGUACGACACAUAUCCUCUAUCUGACGCAACAUGGCAUACGCAUCAGUUCGAAUUCAUCAAGAAUCAUGCGUUCAGACUAUUGAAACCAGGCGGUGUGUUAACAUACUGUAACCUCACCUCGUGGGGAGAACUCAUGAAGACCAAGUAUACAGACAUUCAACAAAUGUUUCAGGAAACUCAGGUCCCAUCUCUAUGUGAUGCUGGAUUUAAGAAGGAGAAUAUAUCGACCUCUCUUCUACCCAUUACGCCUCCUAAAGAAUGCCGCUACUACGCCCAUAACUUCAUGAUUACACCUACUAUCUUAAAGGCAUAGCUAAUCUAACGGUUGCCGAAAUGAUUUGGCAAAUUAUGUGUUCUACUAAUUGUUGGUGUUUUUUCUAAAAAAAAUAACAAAUCCGUUCAUUCGAAAUAGUUGAAAGUUGCAAAUGGAUUCUCGUUGAAAAUUUUGAUAUAUUUUGAGAGCUAACUGAUGAUAACGUUAAGUAAAAUCAAAUAACGAAGUACUGUUGAUUCUGGUAUGAAGAUUGCUAAUCUAAUCAUUGUGAUAUUUGAUGAAAUUUCACAAUGUGUAAAGUAAAGAAAAAGACAGCUUUUCUAAUAUGAUAUUCAGUUCAUUGGAAUUUGGGUUUCCUUUUCAAGCCAUGACCAUGAGGUGGAUAUUUUGCUCAUAUAUUUUUUACCUUCACAAUGAAGGGUGGAGGGGUGGGGAUAGCAUAUUUUCUUCAGCUUUGCAGAGUAUAUGCCUUUCAUGGUCAUGAUAGUAUAAUCUGGUUUGGUGUAUUCAAAAGCUAUUCACGGGUCACUUGUUUUUCACUAAGCUUCCGACUGCAAAAAGUCCCAUGUUGAUUUAACACCAGCCCGGAAUCUAUAUAUGUCCACACCAGAGAAUUAGUAUUGAAACAACACCAGUUCGGAAUCAAACCGAUGCUGUUUUAAAACUAAUUGGUGUUGUAUAAACACCAAUCUGGUGUUAGACCAAAAAGAAACUGGUUAACACUUCUGCGGUGUGCAAAUAUAUAGAUUCCGGGGUGGUGUUAAAUCAACACCGGAGUUUUUGCAGAGUUGGAAUAGAAUGCGAGAGAGAUAAAUCAGAUAUGUAUAGGCCUCCAAUAUGAAAUCUAUUCGUAAUAUUCAUAAUAAAUAUAUACAUGUCCUUGCUUAUCGAACGCAAUACAAUGGAUAUGUAUGUAGACAGCAUUUGCUUACGCACAGUUUAUGAUCGUACCUCGCGCGAUCGGCCGCCCACGGGGUUGGGAUAGUUGGCUCUUCCCCUCCCCCAACUUGAAUGGAAAAUGUAAUUUUUACAACUGUCACAAAAUGCCAUUAAAGGUGUACUGUGCGCCAAAAUGUUAAA